UUAAAAUGGCUGCUGCCAUAAGCCUAGGCCGUUCCUGUUGGGAUAAAAAUUAAACUAUGAUUUCCUUUUUUUUUACAAAAAAAUAGAACUAAAUAAACAGUAACAUAGUAAAUGUAGCUUAAAAAUAGUUGACUUUGCAUGAUUUUCUAAUACUUUUUACUCGAUGGGUUCAGGCUCCAGCAAUCAAAUUGCUUCAAGCAGGCCUAAUCUAGUAAAUACGAAUGUUUCUGAUCAUCAGAUGUUUAGUCGGCCCAGUAGAUCAACUAACUUGAAAUCUACAUUAUUAACUCAAGUAGAUCUAAAUGAAAAUACUAACAGAUUAGCAUCUAAUAAUGAUGAAACGUUGAAAGUUGGUAAAAAAAAUGCUGCAAGCUCAUCAUCAGUUGAAAGUUUCUCAAGUCGGAUGACUCCCAUAACUUCACUUGUGAAAGACUCAAAUUCUAAUGCAUCAAUCACUAAGGAUGACGCCCUAGGAUUUGACAAAGAUCUCGAAGAAAAAAUUAAAAGGCUUGAGAAAGACUUAGCCAAGUCUGAAAGUGACAAGCUUGAUUUACAAGACCAAAUACAAAUGCUGGAGGAGAAGUGCAAGCUGUAUGAAAUUAAAUGGACACCCCCUGACGAUCAACCAGCUGAAUCUUUGCAAGAAACAUUGCAAUUAAAAAAUCAGUACAUCAUCAAACUAGAACAAGAUUUACACAAAGCUGCUGAAGAUUCCUCUAAAGUGCAAACAAAAAUGAAGAAACAAUUAAGGAUCCUUAGGAAGCAAAUACAAGAGCUGCGGCAUGAAGCAUUGAUUGGCAAAAUGGAAAGGAGAUUAGAGGUCAUGCAGAACAGUGAACUAGAUCACCCAAAAAUAACUGAAGGGGAAUCUUCACUUGCCAAUGCUGAAGAAGGAUCAACACUCAGUCAUUCUAAAGUCAUUGUUGAAUUGUCCAACCAAAUGACUGAACAAAGUGAAAUGAUUGCUAAGCUGGAAAGGCAAAUAGCUGAGAAAGAUUCCCAGAUACAAAAACUGAAUGAGAAGAUCAAUAAUUCUGCUAAAAAUUAUCAGAGAUCAGAGAAUCAAAUGAGCAGAAAAUCUUACAUAACUACAAGUGAUAGGAUAAAUGGGUUAACAGAUUCUUCUGCCAAGAAAGACUCUGGCACAAGCUGUAUGAAUAGCAGAAUAUCAUUUGAAACCUAUAACAGAGAUAGGUCUACUAAAAGUGAAACUAUUUCAAAUGGAAACAUUCCUGAUCAGAAUAGCGAACUGUACCAAACUGUGUCUAUACCAGCAGUAUAUAACACAAACGAUGCUGCGCAAAAAGUUUCAAAAACUAGAAAACUUAAGUUAUCAGAUGACAGACCGCCGACCUCAUUGUCAGGCUCAGAUUCUGACUGGGAUGCCAAUGAAUCUCCUUCAGAGAAAAGAAUUCAAAGUGCCAUGUCUGUCUCCAACACUACAAAAAUUGAUUUAUCAGCCAAGCCAGCUAGUGCAGGGUCUUCCUCUGAUUUUCAAGGAAAGUUUAGAAAAAAGACAAUUCUACAGAGGAGAGCUCAAGAAAGGGAGACAAAUCCUCAGUUAACAUACACUGCACUGGCCAGAGAGCCAUUGCCUGAUUCUCUCCCCUAUUUAAACCCAUCAAAAAAAACUAGCUUUUCAAAACAAAGCACAGCUAGCCUUGAUAAUGACAUGUUACUGUUGAAUUUAAAAAGUUAACCAUCUGCCAAUAAGAAAAUAAAAGAAAUUGAAUGUUACUCUUUUCUAAAUUUAGAUACCAACAUUUAUUAUUUAAACAAAGAGAUCUGGAAAUGAUGAGUUAAUUUUAGAAGAUUUUUUUUUUCGAAUGAAUGUAAUAAAUAAUCUUUGAUAAAUCACUCAGCAUUUUCUUUGAAGCAGUAUUGUAUUUAUUCACUGUGAUUGAUAUUUGUCAAAACAUUGUGUUCAGUAGAAUAUUUAUAAACAAGCAAAAUUAUUUGCAAAAGAAUAAUUUGGAUAAACAAUUUUAUUAUUUGAAAAUAUGUUUUUAUCAUCUUUGUAGGUUAUACAUUUAGUCAGAGAAGGAGAAAUGUGAUUUUUUCAUUUGUGGUGCAUGUUUUGUUUUAAACAAGAUACAUUUUAUUUUUCUGUGAUAGUCCUUUUCUUUUACAUUAUUAGCAUAAGUCUAAGACCUAAAUUGUCAGCAGUGUUUGAAAGUGUAUUUAUCAUACUAUAAGGAACAUUUAUAUGAUAAUAUAGUUACACCUUGUAUUUCUAUAUAAAUUUAAUGAAAUCUGAAACUAGUUUCUAUGUUAUUUUUGUUCUGUUUUAAAGGUUUCAUUAUAAUAUGCUAAUGUAGACAGUAUAAAGGUAAUGUUAUUUGUUUAACACUAGCACUUAUUGGAACAGCUAUCAAAAAUGUAGCAAAGCUGUAUGCCAAAGAAU